AUGCAAGAUAUAUGUGAUAACCAACAGGAUCAUGGUGCCUUGGGUCUAGAUAGACAAUCCCCAAUGCCUACCCAGGGAAUGCCAAUCCUCACCAAGAUGAAGGUCAUGCACUGCUCUUAUCACUACUGGCAUUCUAUAUACCGAGCCAUCUCUCCAAAAGCUCGCCUGAUAGCCCUUUCAUCCUCCUUUGUGCAGUACCUUCAGGCUGAUGGAAUUGUCCUUCCUCCUGAUGACACUCAGGUAGCUACGGAUGAUGAUAGCUGGGUGGCAUCGGGGGAAUACGAUGACGACGAAGAAGGUCUUCCUGAUCCUUCAGAACAGUGGCCCGAAAUCCAUGCUCGUGUUAAGGCUACGAUAACAGAGUUAGGGGGUAGUGUAUCCCCAAAACUGAACUGGAGUGCCCCAAGAGAUGCAACACAUAUGAUUCCGUCUAAUCGCUUGGAGUGUAAAACUGCAAAUGAUGUCUACUUAGUGUUGAAAAGCAGCAGUCUUAUUGCCAACGACCUAGAUCGUGCGUUUGAGGGGUGUACGCCAGGUUCUCCGGUCCCCCCUGAAGCUUUCAGCCCAUGCCGCAGCAAUGGUGACAAUAGCACUGUUUCCGUCACCGCCCAGAUUCCCUACCACCUGGUACUUCGGAAAUACGUUAAUUUCAACCCAGCACUCGAGUUCCGAUGCUUCGUGCGCUCUCGUCGUCUUAUUUGCAUCUGUCAAAGAACCUUUAAAUUUUACAAAUGGCUGCAUGAUAUGAAGGAGGAUGUGCUUCAAUCUAUUCAACAAUUUUUUGACAAACAUCUUCGUGAUACUUUUCCAGAUCCCGAUUUCACUUUUGACGUAUAUGUACCGAAUGGAAAGGUGUGGUUAUUGGAUUUCAGCCCUUUCUCUGAACGUACUGAACCGCUGCAUUUUACAUGGGAAGAAGUACUCGGCAUGGAAAUGCCUGAUGAGGGAGACUCGCGUACCAUCCCAGAGGAACAGACUUUGAGAAUGCGCGCCCGACGUCGAGGGCCACAGGAGAAUGGAGGAAAUGUGGAUUCGCAUUCUCGUAAUGAAUCUACACCAGUUGAACCCCCGAUCUCAUCUUUUCGACCCACCUUUGUGCUUGCAGGUAAUCCUGAUACGGAGCAUGUUGGCCUGGACCUGGGGACGACGACGUCCGCGAGUUACUCUUUCAUAAAUGAAGACAGAGUGCCACGUGACGUCAUAGAUGCGGCACAAACACCAGGCGGGACUGCAGAGCUUUUAGCGAGCUGGAAAAUAGCACUGGAGCGAGAUAUACAAGCAGAUCAAGAGUAUCAGAGUGAGAAUGAGAAUAUCUCUUCUCCUAAAGGCUAG